AUGUCCACUACAGCUGCAUCCUUCGCUGCAAAGAGGUUCGUACCAAAGAUCAUUCCUCGAACAUUCAACAAGAAAUCAUUCUAUUUCAUCACUGCUGCUACUGCUGCCGCUGGUACCGCUGCAUUAACUGCUUCCCUUUACGACUCCAACAAGAGAAGAAGAAACAACUAUCAAAAAAACAAUAACAAUAACAACAAUGGAUUCUCAUCUGGAGCAAAAUUCAUGGCAGCAGCAGCUCCCAUAAUUCACUUAGCUUCCGCACCAAAGGACAAAACACAAGAAGAUUAUCAAAAAGUUUACAACGCCAUCGCUGAGAAGAUCAGAGAAGAUGAUGAUUACGAUAACUAUAUCGGAUAUGGCCCCGUCUUAGUACGUCUAGCAUGGCAUUGUUCCGGAACAUGGGAUAAGAACGAUAAUACGGGUGGUUCAUUCAACGGUACGUAUAGAUUCAAGCAAGAAUGUAAUGAUCCUUCUAAUAAGGGAUUACAAAAUGCUGGAGAGUUUUUAAAGCCUAUCUUUGAAGAAUUUCCUUGGAUUUCUCAUGGUGAUUUGUAUACUUUAGGUGGUGUUACUGCGGUACAAGAAAUGCAAGGUCCAAAGAUUCCUUGGAGACCAGGGAGAGUUGAUCAACCUGAAAGUGCUACUCCUGCUAAUGGGAGAUUGCCUGAUGCGGAUACUGAUGCGAAAUAUGUUAGAAAUUACUUUGCUAGAUUGAAUAUGAAUGAUAGAGAAGUGGUUGCCUUGAUGGGUGCUCAUGCUUUGGGGAAGACUCAUUUGGAAAAUACUGGUUAUGAAGGUCCAUGGGGGUUCGCUAAUAAUACUUUCACUAAUGAAUUCUUUUUGAAUUUAUUGAAUGAAGAUUGGAAAUGGGAAAAAAAUGAAGCUGGGAACAUGCAAUGGGGUUCUGAUAAGGGUUUCAUGAUGUUACCUGCUGAUAUGGCAUUGGUUCAAGAUCCGAAAUAUUUGCCUAUCGUUAAAGAAUACGCUAAUGAUCUGGAUACUUUCUGUAAGGAUUUCGCAAAGGCAUUCUCCAAGUUACUAGAAAACGGUAUCACUUAUCCGGAAGAUAGCAAACCAAUGUACUUCAAAACUUUAGACGAACAAGAUAUCUGA